CACUCAUCUGUGCCAGCCCCUGAGCGCUGGAAUCCAUCGCUCAGUCACAUGGCAGCACUGGAGACGCUGGACGGUAGCCCUGCCCUUUACGCAUGAUUUCCCUGACAACAUACAUUACCGCAGGCUAUAAGCACAAGGCUCCGCGCUGCCUUCCCAAGGACAUACGGAUGUGACACCGGAGCGCAUCAGCGGCGGCACAUUUUGACUUUUUUUCCCCUGUCCCCUCCACUCAAUGAAGAUCGCAUCUUCUUUCUCCUUUCUCCCCGUUACUGAUCUUGGUUCCCAUGGAUAUCUACGCCUCCACGUUAUCACCGGCGCUGGACAUCGGCACAGGCUGUUACCUGCUGGUUUUAACUGUGCUCUCCAUCAUGGGAAACCUGCUCGUCCUCAUCAUGGCAUUCAAAAGGUCAUCGAGGAUGAAGCCACCUGAGCUGCUGAGUGUGAAUCUGGCUCUGACAGACCUGGGAGCAGCUGUCACCAUGUAUCCUCUGGCGGUGGCCUCAGCCUGGAACCACCACUGGCUCGGAGGAGAUGUCACCUGUAUUUAUUACGGCCUGGCUGGGUUCUUCUUUGGCGUCGCCAGCAUCAUGAACCUGACCGUCUUGGCCAUUGUGCGUUUCAUUGUGUCCCUCAGUCUGCAAUCUCCCAAGGAGAAAAUUGGUUGGAAGAAGGUGAAGCUGCUGUGCAUGUGGACAUGGUUAUAUGCUCUGGUCUGGGCUCUGUUUCCCAUCCUGGGCUGGGGUCGGUAUGGGCCAGAGCCCUUUGGACUGUCCUGCUCUCUGGCCUGGGGACAGAUGAAACAUGAGGGCUUCUCUUUCGUCAUCUCCAUGUUCUCCUUCAACCUGGUCAUGCCUUCCGUCAUCAUCAUCUGCUGCUACUUCGGCAUCACCAUCAAGCUCUACGUCACCUACAAGAAAUCGAUGAACAACAGCAACCGAAUCCCCAAUGUUGUGAAGCUCCACCGGAGGCUGUUAGUAAUUUCUGUUUUGAUCAGCAUCGGCUUCAUAGGCUGCUGGACGCCCUACAGCUUGGUGAGCCUCUGGUCGAUUUUCCGCGACAGCAGCGUAAUCCCGCCUGAAAUCAGCCUGCUGCCGUGCAUGUUUGCCAAGAGCUCCACCGUGUACAACCCCCUGAUCUACUACUACUUCAGCCAGAGCUUCAAAAGCGAGGUGAAGCAGCUGCCGUGGCUGUGUCUGGGCGCGAACCCAUGCCACGUCCCCAACAGAGUCAACGACAACAGCAUCUACAUGGCCAGAGUUGACGUCAAACCCAAAGUGGCAACACCACUGAAUCUGCAGGAGGUCACAGAGGUCAAGACGGUGACUUUGGGUUGAAGGAUUUGGUUGUUCUUUGGGACAUGCACUGGGAGAAAGACUACGAAAAGAUGUCAUAAUGUGUUUUCUCACAAACAUCAUCAGGAAAGGAAGCAGAUGUUGUUUUCUGAUACAAGUGGUGUGUGGUAUCAUAACAUAGCGCUGGGCUUAUUUUUAAUGUGACCAGGAUGAAUGAGGAGGUGUGUUUGCACUAUGUGUUAAAUGCUGUGAAAGCUGGCCAACGAAGUUACGAAAUGGAGCUAAAUUUGUGCUUGGGGUUGGCAAAAAAAACCUUCACGCCACCUACUGUAGCCCAGAAACUCACUGCUACACUAACCCAUGUCAUCGCAGCCUUUGGUCUUUUCAUUCACCAUGUAGUGUACAGGUUUACACCAUUAAAGAGGCGGAGAAAGUGGUAGCCACGUAGGAUCAAGGAAAACUGUGACAUAGUCUGAACCAAAGUUUGUACAGAAAAAUCUAACAACUUUAUUUUGAGCACAGAAAAAGAGAAAGUUUAUUUGAAAGACGCGGGUUUGAUCAAGUUAAGACACUUGUCUGUUUUGAAUAUUUUCAAAACAUAUUUUCAUUUACAUUUUGAAUUCAGAAACGACAUAUUCAGUUAUUUCCGGUUAUUAAAUGAUACCUUAAAGGCACUCAUGUUUGGUGAGUUUGCCUCUAUAAUGUUUACAAAUUAAACAAAUAUUGUGCUGUUGGUUAAUCAAUCAGAUGCCAUGCAUGGGGCUUGUUGUAUUGUUUUAUCCUGAUAAUAGCAAAUAACCGAGAAUUUUCAUGUAAAUAGCACCAUCCCAAAAAGCUAUAAUGAGAUCAAACGAAUACACAAACCAAAUGGCAUUUGUUGCUGCCACUUUAAAUUGGUGGUGCUUUAUUGUUAAAACCAUUUCCAGUGCCAGUUGGGGCUAAAUGAUUUGGGGAUUUGAUUUGCUUGUUAAAAUUAGCUUUGGUUUAAUCUUCACUGUGUAAAACAUGUGAUGGAGCAUUACCACAGGAGAUAUUAUCAACAGUCUGACGGAUACACAAGGAGGAUGCACACAUUUGUAAAAAAUGGAUUCAUUGUGCAGCACAAGUGCCAAAAUGGCAAAAUACAAGUAAAUACAGAUCUUGUAAUAUAUUUGGAACCAAAACAUAUAUUGGAUAAUGGUGAUAAAGUGGUGGUAGGUUGGUGCAAAUGGUUGAGCUCAUGUGGUCCAAACACUUGAACAAGCCUCUAAAUUCUUCACUGAAUUCUACCUGAUCGAUUUUGAGAGUUUCUAAUUCAGCAUUAAUGCUAGCUCUGCUGUACAAUGUGUAGCAGUGUAUGCUUAUUAAUGCAAAUUAAAGCUAAUUUCAGCACCUUUUUUCAGUUACAAAGGUAUGGGGGAGAUAGUGGUGAGAGGAGCAAAGCGUUUGGGAGGAUCAGAUUCAAGCAGUGGUGUUGAAAGAGGCUGACUAGGUUGAAGUAUUUGGACAUAUCUGUUGAGCUUAAUUGUUGGUUCUGCGUUUGAAUGGAUGAAUUAAAUCAGAUGAAAAAGCCUGGUAGAAUACAAGUGGCCUUACUGCUUUCGUUAUUAUUUUGUUCAGGAAAACUCAUAUUGUGGGGCGAUCUGAUGAAUGGUUUGGCCUCAUAGACAUAGACUGUAGAUAAAAAUUUGAAGUCUCAAGGUUAAAAUUUGGCCAUCACUAUCUUGGUUUUGUGGAACUAGAUAACUGGUUUUGUGGCGAGCGAUGGAGGAAAAAUCAAAAUGAGAACCUUAGGACACUAAGAACUCUUAUAUGUUAGGAACUCCUCAAUCACAAGGUAGCUUCACCCUGAAGCACACUCUGCUUUAUCAUAUAUUUUAUUCUAAAUAGGACUCUAAAUUACAAAAUAAACAUCAUAUUGUAUUAAAGGAGACUUGAAAGUACCAAUUGAGACCAUGAAUUGUUCGGAAAAAGUUUCCUGAGGUAACAAAUCAUGUGAGAAGUAGGCUAAGUUUCUCACAGACUUCCAUACAAUCGCACAUCUUGUUGCUACCAGAGAUGUCACCUCCUGCUGGCUGUUAGAAAGAAGGCAAGUUUCAGUCACUUUGGCUUUAGCUUCACCUUUCAGACCUGGAGGCUGUAUGUAAAUCACAUGGCAGUAGCUUCCCAGUUUGGAUCUCUACUGUGACUAUUUUUACUUUUAUUUUGAAAAUAAAAGCAAAAAUGCCUCAAAAUAUGUCUAAAAAAAUGACUCGUUUUGGAAAAACUGAUCGUUUUUAAGCCGUCCAUGACACUGUUUUCAAAUAUUCAGCAGAAUAAGAUGCAAGUAUCAUUAUCAAACAGCUCUUUGAUACAAGCAUGAUGUAACAUGACCUCAAGGCCGAAACAUCAAGUCCCAAGUAGCAACACGAAGGAGUCUGCAGGAGAUCAGAGCCCACAUAUGAUGUAACAAGAUUGAGAUUGUGGCGACACUUCUGCCGAGCUGCCUUCUUCAGGCGUAGCAUUACUACUUGAAUCCUUUACAAAUGUUUUUCCUUUCAUACAGGAGAAAUAAAUAUCAGGCUGGUCUAAAUAAAAGCGGUUGGACUAGACAAGUAAUUAAGCAACCAUGCUUUCUUCAAGGAAACCAUAAUUUAACGUUAAGCAGCACAGCAUGUUUAAAGGUAUUUUUAUUCUCCAUUUUGCAUCAGACAAACUGAUUCCAGUGUUUGACACAGUAAAUGUGAAUUAUAUAUUUUUAUUUUUAUUUCGCUGUGCCCCGUGGCUUUUUUUUCUUUCUUGUAGCUACUGUUGACAGUGUUGAAUUAUUUUUAAAAUUUGUGAAUGUAGAGCUCUGAACCCUGAGCAUAUUUAUGUAAAUGAUUCACUGGGCAUGUUUGAGAAUAAAAACUGAAACAAUGAA